UUAGUGUCAUUUGACUCAUUUUGCUUAUAUACAUUGGCCCUUUUCUCUUCUUUGUCAUCUCCACUCACUUCUUCUUCUUCUUCUUUUUCCUUUCCCUUCACUUUUUUCAUACAUUGAUUUUAACACAAACAUAGCCAAAGAAAACAAUGAUGUCCCUUAAGAUGAAUGAAAUGUGGACAACAAUGGGGUCAACCUUAGCAAGCUUAAUGUUCAUUUGGGCUAUCAUAAGACAAUACUGUCCAUACCAAAUCACACGUUUCUUUGAAAAAAACAGUCAUAGAAUCAUGGACUAUUUCUAUCCUUACAUUAGAAUCUCGUUCCAUGAAUUCUUAGGUGACAGAAUCAAAAGAAGUGAUGCUUAUGGUGCCGUUGAAGCUUAUCUCAGUGCCAACACAUCAAAGAGUGCAAAAAGACUCAAAGCUGAGAUGGGAAAAGAUAGCACCAACUUGGUUUUAACAAUGGAUGAAUUCGAAAGAGUAACAGAUGAUUUUUGCGGCGUUAAAGUUUGGUGGGUUUGUAGCAAAGUUAUGUCAUCAUCAACAAGGUCAAUGAUGAUGAUGCCUUAUACAGAACAAGAGAGGAGAUUCUACAAACUAACUUUUCACAAAAAGUAUAGAGAAACAAUAACAGGUUCAUAUUUGGAAAAUUUUAUGAAANNNNGGAAAGAGAUUCGGUUGAGGAAUAGGCAGAGGAAGUUGUAUACAAAUAGUCCUGGUUAUAAAUGGCCUAGUUAUAAACAAACUAUGUGGAGUCACAUUAUGUUUGAACACCCUGCCACUUUCGAUACAAUGGCUAUGGAGCCAUUGAAAAAGAAGGAGAUUAUUGAAGAUUUGGUUACUUUUAGUAAAAGUAAGGAUUUUUAUGGUAGGAUAGGGAAAGCUUGGAAAAGGGGUUAUUUACUUUUUGGCCCUCCAGGUACUGGUAAGUCAACAAUGAUUGCUGCAAUGGCUAAUUUGUUGGGUUAUGAUGUUUAUGAUUUGGAGCUUACUGCUGUGAAGGAUAAUACUGAGUUGAGGAAGCUUUUGAUUGAGACAACUAGUAAGUCUAUAAUUGUUAUUGAAGAUAUUGAUUGUUCACUUGAUCUUACAGGUCAAAGGAAGAAAAAGGGUGAUUGUGGUAAGUUUUUGUCUGAUGAUGAGAAUGAAAAAGUGAAUUUUGAUGUUGGAAGGAAAGAGGUGAAGGAAGAAGGAAGUGUUGGUGUUGGUGGUGUUAAUAGCAAAGUGACACUUUCAGGGUUGUUGAAUUUUAUAGAUGGUAUAUGGUCAGCUUGUGGAGGUGAGAGGUUGAUUGUUUUCACAACUAAUUAUGUGGAGAAGCUGGAUCCUGCACUUAUUAGAAGGGGUAGAAUGGACAAACAUAUUGAACUUUCUUAUUGUAGUUUUAAUGGUUUUAAAGUGCUUGCUAAUAAUUACUUGAGAGUUGAGAAACAUUUGUUGUUUGAGACUAUUGAGAGGCUAAUUGGUGAAGUCAAGAUUACACCAGCUGAUGUAGCUGAGAGUCUUAUGCCUAAGUCUCCAAUGGAUGAUGCUGAUAAGUGUCUUUUGAAUUUGAUUCAAGCACUUGAGGAAGCAAAAACUGAGAGACAGAAUAGUACAAGUUCAAUUAAGGAACAAGAUGAGGAAGUGGAACACAUUAUUACUCCUAUUAAAGAAAAUGGUAAUGGUAACUUUAUUGAUGAGAAAGAAAGUGAUGAAGCAAUUAAGCAAAUUGAGAGAUAGCAAAUUUGUCAUGAUUUUGUGUGGAGGAAAUUGUGGCCAAUGUGAGGGACUUUUGUUAUCAUAGUAAGUAGUAUCAUGUGUUUUAGGAUCUGAAUUAUCUGAUUUCCUACUGCUUAUGGGACUAAUUUUGAACUUGAUUGGUAACUAAUUGUAUGAGUAACUUCUUAAUUUUUAUCUUUCUUCUGAAAACAA